CGUUGCCCGCACCAAAAAUAAUUCCUCUCGAGCCGUAACGAAUGGGCUCCGUGGCAAAACCCGAUACCGCCACCACGUCCACACCACCGUCCGCCGGCCGCGGCAGCCGGAAGUUUUACUUCUUCUACGGCCACCGCAAACCCUCUCAGAACCGCCCGGUCGUCCGUGGUGGCCUCUUCUCCAACCGCAAAACCCUCCCUUCCUCCGCUGCCUCCGCCGCCGUCGCUGUCCUCCCUGCCGUGGACUUCCGCGACUGGGAUCCCGAAUACGAUAUCAAGCCCGCGCCGCUCCCGCCCUCAGUUCCUGCUGCCGAUCGCCGCCUCUCCCCGCUCGCCCGCUACAUCCUCGACUCCCUCCGCCGCCACCGCCGCUGGUGCCCCGCCGUGCUCUCCGACCUCCGCAAGCUCCGCCGCGUCCCCCCGGACCUCGUCGCCGAGGUCCUCCGUUCCCGCCCCCUCCUCGACCCGUCCCUCUCCACCCGCUUCUUUCACUGGGCCGGAAAGCAGAAGGGCUUCUGCCACUCCUUCGCCUCCUACAACGCCUUUGCCUACGCCCUUAACGAUGCUGCCCGCCCCGCCGCCGCUGACCAGCUCCCGGACCUCAUGCUGGCCCAGGGGAAACCCCCCUCCGAGAAGCAGCUCGAGAUCCUCGUCCGGAUGCACGCCGAUGCCGGACGCGGCCUCCGGCUCUUUCACAUCUACCGGAAGAUGCGGGGAAAAUUUGGCGUCAAGCCUCGCAUUUUUCUUUACAAUCGAAUAUUGGAUGCCUUGGUUCGGACUGGGCAUCUCGAUCUCGCCCUUUCCGUGUAUGAUGACCUCAGGGCCGACGGGCUCAAGGAGGAGGCCAUCACCUUCACGAUCCUUGCCAAGGGGCUCUGCCGUGCAGGGAGGACAGAUGAUCUCCUACAAGUUUUGGAACGAAUGCGGCAAGAAUUGUGCCGGCCAGAUGUUUUUGCGUACACUGCGAUCAUAAAGGUUCUGGCUUCGGAGGGGAACGUGGAUGGGUGCUUGAGAGUGUGGGAGGAGAUGGCGAAAGAUAGAGUAGAAGCCGAUGUUAUGGCAUACUCGACGAUGGUUUCAUGCUUGUCUAAGGCAGGGAGGGUAGAGAAAGGUUGUCAACUGUUUCACAAAAUGAAAAGAAAGGGGCUUGUGAUCGACCGUGCAGUAUACGGAUCGUUGGUGGAGGGGUUUGUGGCUGAAGGGAGGGUUGGUGAUGGUUGCCGGCUGCUGGAGGAGAUGGUGGAUGAUGGAUACCGGGGCGAUCUGGGUAUUUACAAUUCCUUGAUAGGAGGCUUGUGUGCUGCUGGUAGAGUUGAUAAGGCUCAUAAGCUCUUUCUUAUUGUCAUUCAGGAGGGACUCAUCCCAAGCUUUGAGACUGUAACUCCCUUAAUGUCUGCCUUUGCUGAUACAAGUGAUAUGAGUAAGUUUUUUUACUUGGUUAAUCAAUUAGUGGAGUUGGAAUUGCCAGUUUUGGAUCAUAUAUCCAACUUCUUUACAUUCUUCAUCGCUAAAGGAGGUAGAGAAUCAAAGGCAUUGGAGGUGUUUGAAUCAUUGAAAACAAAAGGGUAUUUCAGCAUUAGCAUUUACAAUAUUCUUAUUGAACGCCUUCACAGUAUUGAGGAUGGGAAGCAUGCACAUGCCCUGUUUGAGGAAAUAAAAUGCUCCAAAGAUAUUCAACCAGAUUCUUUUACAUAUAGUUUAAUAAUCCCUUGUUUUGUAGAAAAAGGUGAUAUUAGAUAUGCAUGCUCCUGUUACAACUUGAUGAUGGAGAAUUCUUGGACACCCAGUACUGAGGCUUAUUGCUCUCUUGUGAAAGGGCUAUGUAAGAUUGGGGAGAUCAAUGCAGCUAUUACACUUGUUAAGGAUUGUUUGGGAAAUGUAACAAGUGGGCCUAUGGAGUUCAAGUAUGCAUUGACUGUUCUAAACACUUGCAGAUUGAAGAAACCAGAAAAGGUAAUAGAAGUUUUGGAUGAGAUGAUUGAUGAAGGUUAUCCACUGGAAGAUAUCAUAUAUUGUGCUAUCAUGUUUGGUUUCUGUAAAUAUGCAAGUUCAGGAGAAGCAAGAAAAGUAUUCGCAGUUAUGAAAGAUCGCAAUCUUCUUACAGAGGCCAAUUUUAUAGUUUAUGAGGAAUUACUUAAUGAGCAUCUGAAGAAGACAACUGCAGGCUUGGUUAUAUCUGGUAUGAAGUUUUUUGGUCUUGAGUCUAAAUUAAGAUGGACAAGCAACUUGGAUUGACCAUGUCGAUCAGUUGAAGAAAAUGCAAGGUUUAAGACAUUUCUUCCAAGCAUUUAUGUUUCAGCCAAAACUUCCUGUUCGAACAAUGAAAUGAAUUGCUAACAUCGAGUUCAACUGAACUGAGCUUUCCUGGUUAUUUGCUUCUAUUUUAAGGCCAAAACCAGUUUUUCUUCUUCAAAAUGGUCUGCCAGCCCACUUCGUUAUAUUAGAAUAGGGUUGCUGGUUGGAAGCGGAAUGGUGACAGUAGAAUGGCCGAAAGCAAGAUUAUGCACACUUGCUAUCAGAUUUGAAGUCACAGGAAGGGUUUCUGAUAGCUCAUUGGUACACUCUUCCUUUAAUCCUGCCAUUCAGAUUGAGUUUCAAUUUCUUUUGUCCAAUUUUGUCUUAGCAUGUCUAGUGGCAAGGGCAGAGCACACACCACCACCACAUAUAAUUGCUGCUGUACUGAUAUCCUUGAUCUCCUCUUGCUGAAAAGGCAAAUUUCUGGACAUGUUAUUUAGGAUUUAAAUUUGGUUUUUGUCCUUGCUUAUCACAUUUAACUUAUGGUCAUUUUUGCUGUAACUUCAAAUCUAGUCUUGUUUUCUAGUUGUAUGAAAUUUGGAUUUAUUGCUAUGUUGAUGUUAGAAAAGAUAUUUUUAUGUCUGUAAGAUGUGAGUAUAUGAUAUCCUGACUAUUUGGGUUUGUUUAUAUUGGAUCUUUUUAUGCCAUGGAACUAUAUACAAGACAAUAUCUCUAAUUAAAUCAAGAGCAUUUGAAUCACUUUUACUAUUCCUUUUAAAGGUUUUUUUUUUUUCCGAUCUUGCUAUAUCUCUUUUUCCACCACUAAUACUAAUUGAUUUUCCUCUAAAUAUAACAUCUAUAGGUUAGAUGAUUUUUCUUGGAUCUUGCUAUAUCACUUUUACUAUUCCUUUUAAAGUUUUUUUUUUUCCGAUCUUGCUAUAUCUCUUCUUCCUCCACUAAUACUAAUUGAUUUUCUACCUUUCUAGUAAUUCUACUGAUCCACCUCAACAUCGUUAGUGCAGAUAGACUUAUCUUGUAUAACCACGACAUCUGUGGAUUUCUUUUGAACAUCUCCAUAUCAUCUUAGAGGAUUCUUUCUUUUAUAUCAUCUAUUAGGGUCAUACCUAAUUGUUUGUGAAUGAAAAUAAUUCAUUUUCUAGUUAAUACAUAGAGUAUCAAAUGAUCAUAUAAAUAUUUGACACCUAUUUUCACUUAAAAAACUUAAAUUUUAGUAUAUGACUAAUUUUUCGAAUUUUUCUAUGAUUAGCAUAUCAACAUACAUAGAAACUUUUACUUAAAGGAUCUUAUUGUUUAUUCAUCCACUACAUCCUCUUAUUAAUAAGAUUAAAACUCUAUCUCAUCGUAUACCCAGUUGUAAUCAUACUUAAUGUAAAACUUUUAGUUCUUAAGGAUUACCUCCAUAAUUUAAUUUAACUAUCGUAAAUCAUAACAAUAGCAUCAACAAAUAACAUCCAUUGUACGGUUUGACUUAUAUAUGAUUGGUAAGUUCAUCUGUUAUCAUUGUGAAAGAAUAGAAAACUCAAAAUUGACCUUUAAUGUAAAUUUAUAGUUAUGCACUCUUUACAAUUUUAACACUAGUAAUUAUAUCAUGAUACAUAUCUUUUAUAAAGCAAUUAAUUAGUAGAUCACUUUUCUUUUCUAAAAUCUACCAAAAUAAAUAUUAAUUGUAUGCUUUCCCUAUUAUUGAGGGAAGGUUGGUACAAUGGUAAGGUUGUUCUUUUGCGACCUACAAGAUCAGGAUUCGAGUUACGAAAAUAGUUUCUUUAAAUAUUUAAUUAAAGAGAAGGCUUCGUAUAUUGGCCCUCCCCAUACCCCGUAUUGGCGGGAGCCUCGUGAACUGGGUUAGCCCUUUUUUAUGCUUUCCCUAUCAUUAUUUUAAUUCACUUAUAACUAGGCGGCUUUGGAUGUCUCUCUUAUUUUUUUAAAUUGGUAUCAAGAAGCUCCUUAUUCAUAAGUAUCCUUUUAAUUUUCAAAUUUUGUUAGACAAACUAGCCAGCCAAACGUCUUAUUGAUAACCUCAACUGUUCCAAGCCUCAGUAAAAAUACCAUCAAAUCCAACACUUUUACUUUUAUUCAUACUUUUUAAAACUUCUUCUAUCACAGUUUCUUUAAUUUUAUAAGCAACUCUAUGAUUUUUAAACUAGUCAACCAAAGUUCAUAUUGAUCUCCUAAACUGUUCCAAGCCUCCUAGGACACCUUUCACAAUUUGAGGCAACUGCAUGGUGAAGAUGCUUCAUGCCACUUCUAGGCAACGAUUUAGUCUAAUAACAAAAAUAGUUGGCUCAUGAAUUGUGACUCAACGUUAUGCUUAAAUAGCCUAACAUCACGUUCCAUUUGUUUCAUCCAGACUUGGGAAUGACAUUGGCAGUAUUAUUCUAUAUUUGAUCUACUUUGUCACUUCUCAUAUCAUCUUCGUCAAACAAUAUUAUUUAUUAUCUUGGAUAUGGUUUGAUGCUGAAAUUUUAGAUGUAUUAAUUUGAUAAUUUUAUUAUUGACUUGGAAGACAUACUGUUUUUCAUUUUACUUUGUUAUUUUAAUAAGUUUUUUGUAAAAGCAAUAAUGAUUGUAGCUCACAUAACAUCAAGAUGGAUUCUUAGCAUUUGGUAUGAAGUAAUUAGCAGUGGUAUCAUACUGGCAUAAAGCUUGAUUUUUCUCAUUUUGGUUCUUGCUUUAAUGACCAAAACUAGAGGUAAAAUGUUGUUAUUCUAAGGAUAGGGAGUAAAAAGUCUUUCUUCAUUUCUGGGUUCUUAGCCCAUCUGGCCGAACUAUCUUUGAAUAUGCAUGAUAACAACAUUAAGGAAAUUAAAAGAUUGGCAUCUAUAACAUGGAAAAUCUUUAAAUAUUUGUCACACUAGAUUUAGAGGGACAUCUCUGUUUAGCGUGAUAAAGAAGCAUAUCAAUUUCUUUCUCAUGUUUGUGUAUUGGCUAGCCAGAAAAAUCUUUUAGUGUAAAGUUGCACUCUAAUUUUGGCAAUAUAUGAAAACUGUGUGUCAUUUUUCCAAUAAUUUGAAUAUGAGCGGGAGAAAGGGAAGAAGUAAUUUCACAUCAUUCCAGGAUGAAACAAAAUCAUGUUUUAGUGUAAAUGCAGCACACGAAGUCACAAAUGCCCUGCUCUACUAUUCAAGAAUUCAUUUGAUUGAAUUGGAUCUUUGAUGGUCUAAUUAAGCUUGCCACCUAGAGGGACUGAUGAAGCAUAAGCUGCUGAGAAGUUUGAUGCCCUGACCAUAGGAACAUAUGUUCCAGCAUGGGAGUUCUAAAGCAAUAAAUGGUUGCUGAAAAAAGACGCAAGCUUGUGCGCUCACUGUUAUCGUUGAUUGAAAUUGUGGCUCCAGCAAUUGUGACCGAGCGAACACAGUUUGAAGUCGUCUUGUGCUGUUACGCAGGACAGGAUUUCAUGGAAAAAUCUUAGAAAAUGAAACAAGAAAACUGCUGUGAUUGUUGAUUUUUUUUUUUGUCCAACUGCAGAUGUGAGUCUGUUGAUGCCCCGUUUCUGGUUUCAAAUUGCAAAUCCUUGUGUCCAUUAUUAUUUUGCCGAAUACCUGACUUGUAGACCGUAGUCAUCUUUCUGAGUUCAAAUGUGGUGGAUAUGUCAAGUAACUGCUCCCUCAUGUCAUGGCUUAUCAUAAAAGUCUAUUUUUUUAUGUGCUUCAGAAAAAUAAAAGAAGGUACAAUUAUUUACUGA